AUAAAUCCAUUGCUACAUUAAAAUUAACGUAAAUGACAAAAUUUGAAAAAACUUAUUUGGGCAGAUCAUUGAUCAAAAAGUUAAAACGAUCUAGACAAAUUAACAGAUCACAGUGGCUAAACGAAAAUGAAUUUUGUGUAGGAAAUUCGGAUCAGCAGGUUAAUCUAAAAUCUUUAACUGAAGAAAAUGAUCUGCAAAGAUUAUUAGCAAAGGCAGAAAAUGACGGAAAUGAAUAUGAAAAUACAAAAGAAAUUAAAUUUGUUAAUGACACUAUUGAACCUGGCAUAGAGGAGAAAAAAAUUAUAUAUUUAAGAAUACCAAGAAGACCCAAAUGGCUACCAUCUCACACACCCAAAGAAUUUAGAGAUCUAGAAUCUGAAAGUUUUCUUGAUUGGAGGAGAACCAUAGCCCAAUUACAAGAUGAUCCCCAAACACAAAAAAGGAAUUUGCAAAACAACGCACUUGAUUUUACUGAUAAGAUAAAUAAAAUGAUUAUUACACCAUUCGAGAAAAACUUGGAAGUUUGGAAACAGCUUUGGAGAGUUAUAGAAAGAUCUGACAUUUUGGUCCAAAUUGUAGAUGCUAGAAAUCCACUGUUUUACAGGAAUGAGGAUUUGGAAUCUUAUGUCAAGGAAAGUCAUCCGAGGCUUUAUAAUAAAAUCAUCAAAAAUAAGACGCACCUUACUAAGCCUCACAAAAUCACCCGUAAACCGAUGAAAAAUACCUCCAAGCAUUCUAAUUUAGAUCAAGAUACUACUGAAACAACACAGCCAUUGAAAUCUUCUAAUGAAAAAAUUGAUCCAUCCCUAGAUGAUGAUAAUUUAAGUGAAAUAAUUGAAGAUGAUGACUCUUCAGAAGGAACUUGGGAAGAUGAAUCUGAUACCGAAAGUUAUAGCGACGCGCCUGAUUCCGAUUCUUUAGACGAUUCGCAUCAAUCUGACCACCAACAGCAUUUACCCGACACUUCCCGGUGUGACAAUACCGAUGACGUUGCCAUGAGCGAUUUAAAAAGCCACCAAUCACUGCAAAAGUCGCACGAAGUGACAAAUUCACUAGAUAUUAAUGAAUAUAGCAAUAUGAUACCUUACAAACUCAACCUUUUAUUGCUUAACAAAUCCGAUUUUCUAUCCACUGAACAACGUUCUUCGUGGGCCACUUACCUAACUCGUUAUAUCGAUAUUAUCCACGACGACGGAACGGAUAUAGUCAGAAAUGAAAGUGGCUUUAAGAUGGUCGAUAAGGGAAUUUUAAAUAGUAGCUAUAGCCUAAGAACGCAGUUUUCGGAGGCGGUUUGGAAGAGUGGUCAGACCUUGGUAAUGUUUUUCUCCGCUAAAUCUAUUGAGGAUGAAGCGAAUGAUGUAUUUUCGCCACGUGAGUUCUUGGAAUUAAUCGCUGUCAUAAAAAUAUACCGGGACUAUAUUUUACAAACCAUUACAAGGGAAAAUGAAUUCUUAUCCGAGAAAACCAACGUGUUGGAAUCGAUGAAUGAAAAACCACGGAAAGCCGAAAAAAGAGUUAUAAAUGUUGGUUUCGUGGGGUAUCCUAAUGUUGGUAAAAGUUCAACCAUCAAUGCCCUGUUAGGCCUUAAGAAGGUCGCCGUUUCCGCGACGCCAGGAAAAACCAAACAUUUUCAAACUCAUUUUUUACUCGAUUCUCACGUUUGUCUGUGCGACUGUCCUGGAUUAGUUAUGCCAAGUUUUGUUGGAAGUAAAGCCGAACUAAUCGUUAACGGAGUGUUACCAAUAGAUAAUAUAACGGAUCCUCUGGGACCUACAUCUUUAGUAGCUAGAAAAGUCGGAAUAGAUGGGUUCCAUAACUUAUAUGGAUUAGCCCUCGAUGAAACAAUAUUCGAUAAAUCUUCAAGUAACGCCUCUUUAUCACAAGCAAUUUUAACUGCUCAUAGCAAAUCUAGAGGCUUUUCCACAAUGUUAGGCGAACCCGAUUUCCAUAAAUCCUGUAGGAUCAUAUUGAAAGAUUAUAUCAAUGGAAGAUUGAUCUACUGCGAACCACCACCUGAUUGUGAUGCUCAGGAAUUUAAGCGUUGUAACAUCAAGUUAGCCAAGAUUCAUCAUUCAAAUAUCGGUGUCAUAACGAUUGAUCAUAAAGACGAGGCUUGUCGAGGAUAAAAUACCGAUACCCGGAGUAUCGGCGUUACCUGAUUUAUUUGGGGGACAUGAGAUUCAAAUAUUUAAAUUAAAUGAUAAUUAUAUCAAUGUUUUUAUAAUAUUGCAAAACUUUUUUUAAGCCAUCUGAAUGAUAAGUACUAAUGAUAUCAUUGAUAAAUUCUGGCUUUCACGGGAUUUGUCGACGUGUUAGACGAUGACCAUACCAGUGCAUUCGAACACAUAUUAUAAGAUAGCAAGCCAAAAAUUGAGCGAAAAUAUCAUUUCCAACUAUUUGGAUAUUUUGAAAUUUUACACAUUAAAAUAUUUUUCGUCUGCUUAUUAGUUAUUUAUCAAAUAAUUUUCAUAUUUUAUUAAAGUAAUAGGUGCUUAUAUAAUAUAUUUGAAUUCUAUAUUUUCAAAUGCAUGGGCGCUCUGAUAUGGCUUUAGCCUAAUUAUAUGCUGAUUUUAUUGAAAGGAUGCCUUUUUUACAAGACCUUU